AUGUCAGACUACGAAGAACCAGCGGCUAAAAUCUCGAAAAUAGAUGAAAGUCAAAAAGAUGAGGAUGAAAUGGAUGAGGGUCAUGAAGAGUGGCUCAGUGAGGGUAUACUCACAGAUGACGACUAUAACCCUGCUGGGGAUCAAAACAAAGCAGAUUCAAAUGUAAGCACUAGUCAUGAUGACACCGCACCUAGCCUUCAUGAAGGCGAACUCAAUGAAGAUAUCCCCAAACAUGCUCCGGAAGAGAAAAUUGAAGAGACAUUGGAUAAUUUGCAGAAUACUAAUCAGACCGAACUUCCAGAUGAACUAGGCGCAUUCCUAAUACGAAAGACAGAUGGGAAAGUUAUAGACUCAAAAAGAGAGGAGAGUGAGAUAGACGAGUCCACGAAGCAGUCGGAUGAUGAUGGACAUGACACGGAUGAGUUGUUGCGAAUGUUAGGAGGAGACGACAACUCUAAGAAGGAUGUUGCGAAGAAAUUGGAACAGAAACGUACACACGAGUCACAGUCCAGUGAUGACGAUGAUGAUGAAUACAUUUUUGAGGGUGCAAAAGUAGCAAGAUUAAAAGUAGCAAAAAAUGCGAUACUCAAAAAGUAUCCCAGCAAGGCGAUGCCUGAGGAGACCAGCGAUAGGGAUACUGAUAUGGUUAGUGAAGAUACUUUUUUCAAAAUGGAGAAGUCAUCGGACGAGGGUCUCACAGUGAAACGCAUGUUCGGUGUGACGAGGAAGAGCAACGUUGCCUCCAAGAGUACAGCGAAAUCCGGUAUAAAUGCUUUAAAGACUAUCACCAAGAAAGUUGUCAGCCUUCAGAAACCUGGUGACAAAAAGCCAGUAACAUCAACACCGUUGCCGAAGCCAAUCAUUCAAACCAAGGUGGUUCGAGCUGAGCCCGAGGAGAUUAUUAAUGAGGAGGAGUUCCUGGAGGAGGAACAGUUUGAUCUGGACGAGGAGUUCGAGUCGGACAUGGAGGAGUCACAGCAGAGGAUAAUGAGGCCUGAGCGUAUGGACGAGGAGGUUCCCAGCGAUGUCGACUCGCACUCGGAAGACGACAGUUUGUAUGAUGAGUUGCCAUCAUCAGACUCGGACGACUUGAACGAGUGGUUCACACUGGACAUCAGAUCAGAGAGGGCCGGUGACUACAUACCUCUGUUGGGUGCAAAAGCCCAUCAAUUGCUCCAAGCGGAGAAACAAAGGGUCUCAACACGUCUCACCACACUCAAACAGAGUGUAUCCGCACUCAACAAGAGCAGCACACAACAGGCAGAGAUGUUGAGGCGAGCUACGUUGCAAUUGGCCGAGUUGGAUGCUGCUUUGAAGGCU